GUUGAUUUGAUGAAAGCUGGCAUGACCGUGAUCCUGCGGAAUGCAAAGAUUGAUAUGUUCAAGAAUCAUAUGAGGCUGGCAGUUGACAAGUGGGGUCGUGUGGAGGUUGGUGAACCUGCAACUUUUACAGUGAAGGAGGACAAUAAUUUAUCUCUAGUGGAGUACGAGCUGGUGAAUGUAGUAGAAGAGUGAUGUUCCUCUUGCAGAUAACCUUUCUAAUGCAGAAGAAGGCUUUGAGCUUUCAAAGCCUUUUUUGGCUAGUUUCAUUCAGUCUCCGUGGUCCAUAGAUAUCAAGGUAUAAAGUUUCAAUAAAAUAACAGUCUAAGUCCCUCAAAAUCUCACUGGAGCUCGUGAUGCUUUUGUCGUUUGCUAACAUGUCAUUGUUUAACAUCAGUUGUAGUUUUGGUAUGGAUUAUGGAUGGGGCUGUACAUGGAACAGUGGAUGUUAUGUCUUUUUAUAUGCGUAUAGAUAUCUGCAGAACUUGAAGUAAACAAUCUGAUAUUAAUAACACCUGUUUGUUUCUUCUCCCAUUCA